AUGGUCGUGGUCCGUGUCACGGGCUUGGAUGGGACCGUCCUUUUCGGCCCAGAAGAUAUCUCCGGAACGGCGGCGGAAAUCCGGCUGCGGCUCCUGGCCAAGUCGACGGAAGACUCCGCCAAAAUCUGCCUGCUACACCAGCAUAAGGAGCUGCGCCGCGAUAGCCUCCUGGAGCUCAUCGCGUCUGGUGCCGGUGACCCUCCGAUUCUGGAGCUCACCGCCGUCCGAAAGCCGAGCGCGCGCCUAGAGCUUGCACAACUGGCGGAGCUUGCGCGCGAGAAUGCGAAGAAGCGCGAGGAGAGGGAGGCCAAGCGCAUCAGGCCCUCCGACAAGCAGCAGAUGCAGGAGCAGAAGGAACACGACAUUCAGGAGUACAAAGAUGCCGUGGAAGACUUGGUCCAACAGCUUGGGGAAGAAGCCUUGCACAAAUGCCGCACCCGCGCCAGGCAAGGCCACAACGACACGGAGUUCGACUUUCAAGGCAGCCUGCAGGCCUACGAAUUCGGCGCCAAGAUGUUCUUUCGUUUUCCCAGAGACCUCCGAAGUGAUCCGGCCAUGCGCGGCUAUUAUCUCUCUGCUGCAGAACCGGACACCCUGGAGUGCCCGGACAACAUCCGAGUCGAUAUGUUCUCGUCUCCCGCCGGCCGCAAGUUCUUGCAGGAGUUCCGGACUGGACUCGUGGAGCACCUACGAGGGAUGGACCUCAUGGCCGAGCCUCAUAAGCACAGCAUCCAUGCGAUCGUGAUCUCCUGGAAGGAAGAUGGGGCCGCCUGA